AUGAAGUACGGGAAAAUGCUGAGGCGUCUAAUAGAGGAGACGCUGCCGGAGUGGAGAGACAAGUUUAUAGCAUACAAAGACCUGAAAAGGCACCUCAAGACGCUUCCUCGUAUGAGUUUGUCUUUGGAGGAGGCAGAAUUCAUAUGUUUGUUGAACGCUGAAAUUGAGAAGAUCGAUGACUUCUUCUUGGACCAGGAAGAAGACAUCAUCAUCGCACAAAAGGAAUUGAAGGACCGAAUUCAAAGCACCAUAGCCACAUUUGGGGCAAAUGGGGUGAGGCCUUCUGAAACAGAGUACGAAGAAGAAAUGGCAAAGAUCAGGAAUGACAUGGCCAAUUUCCAUAGAGAGAUGGUGCUCUUGGAAAACUAUAGCAACGUCAAUUACACAGGCCUUGCCAAGAUCUUGAAGAAGUAUGAUAAGAAAACGGGCCGGUUUCUUAGGCUCCCUUUCACUGAGAAAGUAUUGGGGCAGCCAUUUUUAAUGACUGAUCUUCUCUCUAGACUUGUCAAAGAAUGUGAGGAAACUAUGCAGGCUUUAUUCCCAGCUGAAGGGGGAGGAAAUGAAGCAUGGGAGGAGACCAUAUUCAGGAACGCAGUGGCUGCAUUUGUGACCAUUAGAGAGAUGAGACGGGGCAGCUCAACUUAUCGCCCUCUCUCUCUCCCCCAUAUAGAUGAGGCAAUUCAGACCCAUCGUGAUCACCAAACUGCUGAUCUGACCACAUGGGGUGGACUAGUGGACGGUCGGGAUUUUGAAAUACUAGUAAAAUACAAUAUGUAG